AAGGUCCACGGUUACCUCCCGAAGAGAUCAUAUCAAGCCAGAAUGUAGGACACCCUGUCUAUGUGAAUUGCAAUUUUCUCUGCUUCAGUGUAUCAAAAUGUGUUGGAUUUAACUUCAGAGCGAAAACCAAAGCUAUAAACUGUCAACUGACUAACACCACUAAGAAAAGGAACUAUAAAGAAGCGGACGAAUGGACGUUGUAUCUGGAUGUCGAUGCCGUACGUAUAAAAUUGGCAAACAUUAGAAGAAAAAACAUAAAAACAAUUAUCUUGCUUUCAUAUUUGUUUUUUGUUACGAGAAGCUAGAAUUGUUUUUUACAAACAACCGAAUUUAACAAUUAAUUUGAGCUAGUUUCAUGGGUACUGUAUACUUUUCCUAGUUAAAUAACUGUCUUUAAUUUACUGCGGGUUAAUUUAAUAGCCCAUGAUUAUAUAUUUUAGGCAGGCAUAGUUUUUUGCGCGAGUUAAUUGUUCAUCCUAGCAAUCUGUAUACUGCAGGUUACCGAUCGUUCAGGAACCAAUCAAAACGCUGCAUUUUGCAGAUGAACCGCCUUGGCGUAAUUAGAAUAAGAAUUAUUUAUGUGUUUCGCGGGUAUUUGAAAAUUAAUUUUCUUAUGUUAUAGGCAGAAAAUGAGAAAAGAUCUGCAGGUAUUCCAUGAUCACGUGCUGAGUUCUAGACCCGCUCACUGAAGGUUGUUGCCAGGGUAUUAAUUUAUCUUGAAUUGGGAGAUUAUAUUUACCCUUCCGAGGUCUCAGUAAAUAAGUGUUUUGUUAUGUAGUGUCAAAGUAUCAUGAAAUAAUUCACCGGUUAUUGGAGUACGUGAACUUUGAAACCAAAACUAGAUAAAUGGAUGCCGUAAAUGUUUAAUAAAAAACGUUUAAUAAAAUGAACCCUGUGGAACUUCACUGUUUGCACUCAUUCUAUUAUUGACCGGUCAACAAUUGUUUCAUUGUUGACCGGUUGCCCUCUCAUCAAAGCAAGCAGUGAAGAUGACGUUUUGUGGACCGGCACGUGAUACGGUUUUGACGAAUCGGCAAACAGGAAAAUUGAACUUUGACACUUGCUACGUAACAAUUUAGUUUAACUAAUUUGGGGGCCAUUGUGCCUCAUAGCGUUCGUGUACGAAAAGCAAAAAGCUUUAAAAAUCUUAUGUUUUGUCAUGUGCUGAAGACUACCACAAUCUGAUACAAACACACUUUCUAAAUCAGAUCCCCCCUCGGAGAUCUGAGGUUCGUGUCGACAAAAACGUCGUUUGCUUAAGCUCCCCAAUAGCAAUUAUACUGAAUAUUCCAUCCAGUCAUUAUCCAAUGAUCGAGAUGCUCCUUUGUCGUUUCAUCCAAUUAAAAGUUAUUACACUUCCAGAAUUUGCAGUUUGAGUGCACACGAAACAACUAGAAUUCAAGGCUGACGUCGUGAUCCUACUGCAUGUAUAAAUUAUAGCCAAUAUUUUAAAAUUCGAUAAUCAUGGUCUGUUCCGAAAUAAAAAUAUAUUACAAAUAAAACACCUGAAAUGCCAUCCGAAGAUGAUCAUAUACAUAAGGGCCGUUAAGGUAAUUACGUGUUUUUUAUUUAAUCAUUUUUCCUGAUAUAAGCUUGAGGGCGAUUGACGUUCAUGCAUUACUCGUUACAGACGGUCUGUAUGGCUCAGAAAUUUUGAAUCAGCAGCAAAACUACAUUGUUCAGUUGGAGGAAUGGCUUGGUGGCGCAAAGUCGUGGAAGUUAUGUUACCGUGCUACGGAUCAUGGUUGGACAGCAUCUACCUUCCAUUCUCUGUGUGAUUCUAAGAAACCGACUGUCACCAUCAUCCGAUCUCUAUCCUACAUCUUUGGCGCAUACAGCGAUGUAGCUUUUGGAGGUUAGUUUAUCAUGCACCGUGUAUUUUAUGUCUAUUUUGAAAUAAAAAUCAUGUAUGAUUCAAGCAAUUUUGUGUUGAAAAUUAUGCAUCAAACUUCUUCACAGAAUUUUAUCGAUCUCCAACUUUCUUUGUUUCUCGUUCUACCAUAGGUUCGACAGGUUUUAGAAGAAGUACCAAUGCAUUCAUCUUCUCCUUCGUCAACAAAGACAACCUCCCACCCUUCAAAUCUCCUGUCUACAGAUACAAUGGAUAUGCUUUAUACACUAAUGCUGGUUAUGGUCCCACAUUUGGUAGAGGUAAAGAUAUUUGUACUUCAAAUAAUUCCAAUGCAAAUACUGGUUCCUAUACAAAUCUUGGCCGUACCUAUCGACUACCAAGUGGGUAUCGCUGGAGCUCGACCAAGUCGAGGAGUCUUCUCGCUGGCACUUAUAAAUUCACACCUAACGAGGUUGAAACAUUUUAUCUUAAUUAACUUUUGAUUAAAUUUUCAUAACGUAGUUUUGCAUUUAGAAACACAGCAAGAUAGCAAAGAACGUAAAUGAAUGCACUGCACAUCAGUGAAAUUAAAUACGAGUACUGUCAAGUAUACAAGUAUUUUAUGUCACUGUACUAUAGCUACUGAAGUAAUUUGAAUGAAUAAUAAUCAUUGUCUCAGAUAUAUAAACGUCUUCAGUUUUGACUGAUUACUAAUAUAUUUGCCAAAAAGCCCUGGUUUACUUGCAUGGUUUCACCUCACGUCAUCAGCACUAUUUUUAGACGAAUUUGUCAAACACAAUUCCUUGCUUGCAUGCAUGCAAUCCAUCCAUCCAUCCAAAAUGGCAAUAUAGCUCAGUGGUUGUAAACCAUAGAUAUGUUAUAUAAGAUAUCUAGGUUGUAAACCAAUUUUUGCUGUUUUUGUCUUAUUAUUUUUAGCAUAUUGAAGAAAUUUUGACCACAAUUUAAACCGCACUAGCUGGAUGAAAAUUUUUUAGCGCCCUGAAUAUCAUCAACAUCCAAUAUUUCAACAUGGAAAGAUAUUAUUAUUCACCACCUUGUAUGGUCCACAACUAUACACAUCAACUAUAGCAACCUACCAAAAUUGUAAACGAAUCACUACGAAUACAAAAUGACUGUACAACAUCAUGACCGCGGAGAGUGUUUGAAAGCGGGGCUGGGGGGGGGGGGCACGCGAGUGACUGAAGCCUAAUGCGGUCGGAUUAUUUUAACCACAUAUUAUAUAUGUCAAUUGAAUUUUUUUCUUUUACUCUGUGAAAAACUGCAGGGGCAUGUAUGGUACCCCUCCACGGCUCCACCGUCUCUCUGAAACGGCGAACUUACAACGUGACGAUCCGUUCGUAAGAGCAUGCAGGGGCGUUACCUGAAGAUUCUUCUAACAACGUGAGAAUAUGAUGACAUAUAUUCAUUAUCAUAUAAUUAAACCCCACACAGUAUUGUUAAAUUUGACAAUACUAUUGAACCUAAUCGGCUGAGCCUAUUCGAGUGCCUCAACUUGUACCAUGAUAUUUCUUUCGUGCCAAGUCAUACAAACUCAGAGUCUAUUUUAUAACUCCGCAGCGUUUCCCAGAUAACAUGGACAUUUGAGUAAAUUUUGUAUGUUUUUUUUCAUUGAGUGUAUGUUAUUUUGUCUAUUUUCUUACCCUUAAAAAUUGUCAUUCCAUAUUUUUGUUGCUUUUUCCGGGAUUUUUUAGUACAGAAUUGUUCAACAAGUCGUCCAAAAAAUCAUCAGACACUUCGGCAAAAGUGCAAAACGCGAAUUUUCCGCCAUUUUGAAUUUUCUAUUAGUAGGCUAUCACUAAUAGCCUACUAGUAGCGUAGCCAAUCAGAAGGCACGAAAUGUGAUAGCCUACUAGUAGGUUUAUACUAAUUAACAGUUAUUCUACGAACUCGAGUGGAAUAUGAGCUGAUAGCCGAUGAGGCGCGUAGCGCCGAAUCGGCUAUCGCUCAUAUUCGACGAGAGUGAGUGGAAUAACUGUUUUAUUAUAUACACAAGGUCUGAAUUCACAGACUUUGCUUUUCGAAUAUUUUCAAUAUUUUUUAUUUUGUUUAUGUUUUUAUCUUCGCUCUUUCGGCCGAUUAUUUUUUCAAAAAUAUAUAUUUUUAACCAUUUUAAAUUUUAAAAAUUUAUUUGCUAACCUGAAAACAAUUUGUGGAAGUUUUUUCAUUGUUUUUAAUCCUGUGAAGGCUAUAAAAAGCGAACAACUUGCCGUUUUCUCGUUCGCAAAACAUCGUAAAUUCAGUCUGGCCGCCAUUUUGUUUUUCUCUACUAGCAGGAUAUGAGCUAAUAUCCUGCUAGUAGAGAACCAAUCAGAUUGCAGAAUACCUCAUAUCCAGACCUUGUGUAUAUAAUAAUAUCACUUAGUGACGAUUCGUUCGUUCGUUCGAGUAUGGGCGUACCUAAAGAUUCUUGCAACAAGAUGGGAGUACUGAUAACAUAUAUACAUUAUCAUAUCGUUAAACCUUGACACAGUAUCGUUAAUUAACAUAGUCUUUUUUGGGUCUGCCAUGGAUGCGUUUACACAAGAAAUCUGGCUAAAAACCACACAACACGGGUCCUGUAAAUUUGAUCAUUAUAUAUUGAUUAAAAAAUGAAGUAGAAGUCAAAAUUCUGCUGAGUACUGAUAUCAGUAGCUCAUAUUAAAAUUUAAAAUCCAUAAUCAAGGAAAUUGGCCUUACAUCAGUCCGUGUACACAGAAGACCUGAUUCGAGAAUGAAUUAGGACUGAGCUAGGAUCAGAGUUUCGGGCAACCCCUUUUGUUUUGGUUGGUCUGAAAUUAUGGUUGCAGGCCCUAUCGAGCGGUUUCUAUAGUUUACGACGAAGCUUACGACCCUAACAGAAUAUUUGUCUUCCAGUUCGACCAUGUGAAUCGAUGUGACAGUGGACCCUGUAAAAAUGGAGGAAAUUGUACUGAUGGAAUAAAAUGUUUCCAAUGUGAAUGCCCCCCCCCCCCCUGACUGUUCACAAUUGGUAAGAUACAGGCUUAGCAUUUAAUUAGGAAUGAUGUUUCAUAUUCAGUUCAACCAUGUGAAAUUCAAUCCUGCAAGAACAAUGGUGUUUGUGUGAAUAAAAAAGGAUAUAUAAGGAGCGAUUUGGAGGAACAUUUUGUAACAGAAGAGGUCUUUUCCAGCAAGUCAAUGAAUAAGGGUUCAACGAGUAAUAGCAAUUAUAUAUUAGGCAGGUCAUUCGUUCUCGAUCCUACAUCUUUGGUGCAUGCAGCGAUGUAGCUUUUCGAGGUUAGUUUAUACCUGCAUUUUUUUAUUUUGAAAUGAAAAAGCACGCUUGUACGAUUCAAGCAAUAUAAAAAUGAAAAUUACGCAUCAAGCUUCUCCACAGAAUUUUAUCGAUCUCGCUUUUUUCGUGAAACAUUUUGAUCCGCAAAAUUAAAGUUCGAAGUUACAACCAUCCUGGAUUAACAUUUACUCCAAUGAAAUCGGUGAAUAUCGUUUCCGUCAAUUUCGAAUUUUAAAUUUCAUUCCUAACUCAAAUUUUGACUAGUGGCUGUCCGUAGCAUGAAAAGUGCAAGAGGCUGAGAUGUUACAUAUAGUUUAGAUAUUUCAAUGCAUUUCAGGUUUCAACUUGCUUUGUUUCUUCUUUUACUUUAGGUUCGGCGAAAGGUUACAGAAGUAGUUCCAAUGCAUUUAUCUUCUCUUUCGUGAAUAAAGACAACCUCGCAUCCUUCAAAUCCGCUCCUGUCAGAAACAGUGGAAAGGCUUUAUACAUUGAAUCUACUUAUGGUCCCACAUUUGGUUAUGGUCAUGAUAUUUAUAUUGCAAAUAAUGCCAAUGAAAAUACUGAUUCCUACACAAAUUUUGGCCAUACCUAUCGACCACCAAGCUGGUAUUCCUCCAGCUCAACCAAAGCAAAGAAUCUUCUCGCUGGCACUUAUAAAUUCACACCUAAAGAGGUUGAAACAUUUUAUCUUAAUUAACUUUUGAUUAAAUUUUCAAGACGUUGAUUUUGCAUUUAGAAACACAGUAAGAUAGAAAAUAACGUAAAUGAAUGCACUGCACAUCAGUGAAAUUAAAUACGAGUAUUGCCAAGUAUACGAGUAUUUUAUCUUGCUGUACUAUAGCUACUGUCAAUAAAUGAGCUGUAUUUAAGUAAUUUGAAUGAAAAAUAAUCAUUGUCUCAGAUAUAACGUGUUCAGUUUUCACUGAUUUUACACUAAUAUAUUUGCCAAACAGCCCUGGUAAACCUCGGUUUCACCUUACGUCAUUGCAUCAGCACCAUUUUUGGACGAAUUUGACAAACAAAUUCCUAUCCUUGCUUGCAUGCAUGCAAUCCACCCAUCCAUCCAAAAUGGUGAUUACUUGCAAACCAUCUUUCGCUGUUUUUGUCUUGUUAUUAUUUACAUUUCAACAAAAUUUUGAUGAUAAGUAAUUAAAAUUACCAAAUCUGGUCACACUGAUUUCAACAAAAUUUUGACCGCAAUUAAAGUGGCACCCUGGAUGAAAAUUUUUCAGAACCCUGAAAUAUCAUCAACAUUCAAUAUUUCAAGAUGGAAAGAUAUGAAUAUUCAUCACCUUUCAAUGGUCCACAACUAUGUACAUCAACUAUAUAACAACCGACCAAAGUCGUGAUGGCAUCUCUAUACGGAACACAAGAUAGUCCUACAAUAACGUCAUGACUAUUGAAAAAAAAAAGUUGCCAGAUUUGGAUUGGAUUAGGGUUAGACUAAGAUUAGAUUAGAAUUAGAGGUUAGGGUGGGGGUUGGGUUGGGGUUAGGUUAAAAAUUAAGGCAAUGUCUUAAUUUGAACGCUUUCUACAAUUAAAACAAAGCCUUAAUUUUCGGAAGAGAUCGACCGGCCGGGGGGGGGGGCGGCACACGGAAACAUUUCCGUGUUGACUACAGAUAUAUCAACACGAGUGGAAAUAGGGAAAACGAGCCAUUGGCUCUAAAAAUUUAUCACCCAAAAUGGCGUAAGUCAAAAAAUUAGGGACCGGUAAUAAAGUACAGGGGGGGGGGGGAGCUGGAAAAAACAGGGAGUGGGUCAUCGAAUUUUGAACAUCUAAAAGGGGGUGGUUCAUUGGAAACUUAACAGCAGUUUGUUUUUAGUAAAAUGUGUUUGAUUUAUAUAGGUUUCAAAAGAUAGAGAACAUUAUUAAAUAUUAUCUUUUAUCUUUACAAAACAUGGAUAGAAAAAUGUCAAUGAAGAAAUACAAUAAGUAUUAAACACAGGGUUCCGGAGAAUAUAUAUUUGGAUUUAAUCACGGUUAAUUUAUCACGGUUUUAUCAGAAACAAAUAAAAGAUAUCAUUAAUAUUUUUUAUUAUAUAUAAAGUAUAGUGCUUUACAGAGAUUUCGAGCACUGAUAAAAGUGAUAAUCUCACAUGUGAGAUUAUUCAUGAUAAUCUCACAUGUAAAAAUUAUCGCUUUUCAAUUAUCGCUUUUCUGAAAAAAUUAUCGCUUUUCAAAGACUGUCCUUUAUAUAAUAAAUAUAAAAAAUAAUAAAUAUAAUAUCAUGUUCAACACUCGAAAUAAAUCUGGUAUUCCGCACACUCAUGUAUUAUUCUCUAUAUAAACUAGGGUACCUGCAAGGUAGGGAUUACUGCGGGCAUUAAGAGAAAAUAGAACUAAAUUAGUCAACCGUAUACAAAUUAUUACAAUAUAUGCUGCGGGUUCUAUUUGAGCUGUUGCACAGCUGUGAACUGCAUGACGUCGAUCCAAAUAGUCCUCCUAAGGACUAAAUAGUAAAUAAAUUGCACAGAUCAGUCGACGUAAAAGAUUCUAAAAUUAUGUCAGUAAAUUUCGGGACGACGAUAUUAUUUUUCCUUUGCAUAACUCUACAGCGCUUGGCUGUUGGGUACGAGUGUCAUCGCGAGGGACAGUUUGUCAAAGUGGAACCAGGUAUGAAUUUAUGUUUCGUACACGUCACAUGCCUCCAGAUUUGAUAGCAUUCCAAAAAGUAACUUUGUAAUUGUAACUGCUUUGACCUCAGUUUACUUUUUCGAAUGUUGCCUUUCCCUCAAAAAUAAAGCCCCAAAGGCGCACUGAAAAUGCCAAUAUUUUUAACGGUGUCCCGCACACGUUACGUCGGCCCGGGUUUUUAGUGUUCUACGGAACAAACAACUGCAUAUGUCUAGGGGUAUUCUGAUCCACUUAAAAGACUAAAUUUAAAAGCUCAGUAUACUAGUAUAUGUGUGAUAACUCUGUCUACAUGCAUUUGCUUAGCUUAACUAUAAUACGACAUAAAUUACCAGGAAACAGAAACUGCUUGCGAGAAUACUGAUAUAACUCGAGUAUCAGUUUCCAUUGUUUCCUUGUUCCCCAAAAAAGAUUUCACUAUAUGUUCCCUUGUCUCCUGUGAUUUUUCGCGGCUUUGUUUCCUAAAACUCCUCGAGACCCUCGACUAUAAGGCCGAUUUACACAUACACAACUUCUGCCUAAAACUGUCGCCGAUGCAAUCUGCUUACAACUUGUACUGUAUAAAUCAAGAACACAACUCAUCUACCACAACGUUAGCGAGUUGUGUGCUUGACUUGCACAGUACAACUCAAGUUGUAAGCAUGUUGCAUGCGACAGUUUUAUGCAAAAGUUUGUAGUUUAAAUCGGCCUUUAUACGAUACUCAUUCGGAUCGAUAAUCGCUAUAAUUAAUCAAGGACAGCUAAGUGCUUAGCAACUAAAUUCCAAAAUAAAUGGUUGCAUAUUAUUAAUGUGGUCAAAACUACAAAGAGUACCGGUGCAGGUGGAAAUCAAAACAUUGGUCCAUGUUGUUUUGAAUGUUGUCAUCAUUUUCAUAUCUUCAAUUAGUUUUUGCUGUUUUGUUUAAAAUACAUGCGUUUGUUUUUACGUAAUGGACCGCCGCGGGUGAUUCUCAGUCAAUCACAGUCCGCCAUUUCACUGCAAGUGAUGCUUGCCAUAUAAUAAAUAAUGGCGAUAAUAGAUGCGAGCAAGAUAAACAACACUCUCUGACAAGUUUCCACCAAAUUUGAACGAAUCUAAAACUAAUCUUACAUACUAGUAUAUACUUAUGUAGAAUACUGAGGCAUAUAAGGGCCUCUGUCGGCGCCCUUAUAUAGGCCUUUGUCACGAGGCUUUGGCUUGAUCGAGCAACAAACAGCACCCCGCGUAAUUGACUAAAAUCUAUUAUAUUUCAUCAAAGCAUGCAUGUGACAGUGUAACCUGCACAACCCUAUAUAUUGUAACAUUCAUAUACUAAUUCUAACCGUUCGUCUCCUUUUUUAAAGAUGGACUGCCUCAACUCAACCCAAUUAAGGUUACCACGACAACCGAAGGGACCUUCUGCUCCAUAAAAUGUCUUGAUUACCCAGGAUGCAAUUCAUUUGCAUACCUAAAUUAUACAUCAAGCGCGAAUUGUUUGCUAAGCAGUAGUGUCGAUGGAGCGUCAGUGAGUGGAGCUAGUGGUGUGGUCGAAAUUUAUAAGAAGGCUGUGGUAGAAGUUCAUAAGGUGAGUUUUUGUAACCCUCUAAUAAGCCCCCACCCCUCUUAAAUAAGCCCUCUUCUCUAUCUCUCCAAACAGAAGACAUGUUUUUGUACAAGCGCAACAGUUACCCGAAAAAGUUGAAAAGUCGAAGCUCCCUGGUAACUCCCUAUGGCACCGAAUUAAAGAAGUAUGGGGAACAAAAAUGCUACAAAAAAUUGCUUCAUAAUUAGUUUUCGUGCUUUGCAGUUGGAUGACUUGGUGGGGGCUAAAAUAUAUACGACGUAAAAUAGUUUUAGGACGGCUUAACCCCUUAUAAAAAUUUUACGGGUGUAGAAGCGGCGCAUCGGAAGAGAGUGCCGUGGUGCUAUAACGAGUAUAAAUAUAUUUACGGUACGACUUAGUCUCCUUCGCGCCAAUCUCGUUCCCCGAGCCUGCGAUCCUCGGGAAGGAACGUGAGGCUCUGGGAUAAUCCGUUUCAGGGAGGAAUCUGAUUGGCCGUUGAAAUGGAAUGCGUAGUUCAAUUAUAGUUCAAUCUUAGCCAGGAUUCCUGGCUUCCGGCAACGGAUUAUCCCAGAGCCUCGCGUUCCUUCCCGAGGAUCGCAGGCUCUGGGAACGAGAUUGCCUUCGCGCGCGUUUUUCAAAUAACUCGAACGUGUGCUCCCCAGGUAAGACUGCAGCGUUCAUACAAGACGGACGGAUUCGGAACUACACGCUACUUCGACCGAAGUGGAGAACGUCUUGUUAGGAAUAAUUAUAUAUGUAAUUGUUUCUCUUGAAGGCCUGAAGUUUAUUUUUGUUUCAAUAUCUUCUUAUCAUAGGGAUGCGAUCCAAACCCCUGCCUCAGUGGAGGGACCUGUCUGGACACAUGUGAGGAGCCAUUUUAUCACUGCGUUUGUCCCGAAAAAACAACAGGACACAACUGCACGGUUAUCUUAUGUAAGUGCUUGAUUCUCAUUUCAGUAGCUUCAUGGUGGAUCAUGUUAAAUGCACGCAACUUACAAUCGUGGGAUUCAUAUUUGAUUUGCACCACCGCUAUCGAUAAGGGACCUUAACCAAACAGAUGCGUUUAAUAUAUCUGAAAUAAUAAUCAGAUGCGAUUUAAUCUAAGCCAGUGAGAGGUUGUGAUGCGUACUAAGCCAGUGAGAGGUUGUGGUACCUGUAGUGGAUGUCAAAUCUGAACCUCCCAGUCUAAAAUUACAACACCAUCAUGCAUUGUCCUAACCACCGCAAACACUAUAUAUAUACGCUCGCUCGCUUCAGGCUCGCUCGCUCCGCAGCAAUUAUAUAUUCACUAUAUACAGACACACGUCUGGAACGCCUGUAGGAAUCACUGUAUAGGAAAAGUUCCGUGCACGUACGUACAAUGCACAAUGCACCAUAGUGCAUUCCGCUUGAGCUCAAUGAGUCACAAACUGUGGGCUCUCGCCCCCAUUAUUACAGUUCCCGAAUUUGCAGUUUGAGUGCAUAUACGAAGCAACUAUAGAAUUCAAGGCUGACAUGCAUUCAAGAAAAUUCGAUAAUGGUCUAUUCCUAAAUAAAAAAAUUAUUAUAAAUACUGUAUCGUUAAGGUAAUUUAGUGUUUUGUAUUUAAUCAUUUUUCUGAUGUAAGCUUGAGGAUAAUUGACGUUCAUGCAUUAUUCGUUGCAGACGGUCUGAAUGGCUCAGAAAUUUUGAAUCAGCAGCAAAACUACAUUGUUCAGUUAGAGGAAUGGCUUGGUGGCGUAAAGUCGUGGAAGUUAUGUUACCGUGCUACGGAUGAUGGUUGGACAGGAUCUACCUUCCAUUCUCGGUGUGAUUUUAAGAAACCGACUGUCACCAUCAUCCGUUCUGGAUCCUACAUCUUUGGCGCAUACUGCGAUGUAGCUUUUGGAAGUUAGUUUAUAAUUGAAUUUUUUUAUUUUGAAUUACAAAGCAUGCUUGUAUACGAUCAAAGCAAUAUCGAUCUCGAUUUUUCUCGAAACAUUUUGAUCUGUAAAAAUUACUCAAAGUUACGACUAAAUUGGAUUAACAUUUUACUCCAAUGAAAUCGGUAAAAAUCCCUUCAGUCAAUUACCAAUUUUAAAUUAAUUCCAGCAAGAAAAUAGUAAGACCUGGAUGUUGCAUAUAGUUCAAAUAUUCAAUACAUUUAACAAUUUUUCGCCGAAGGCGAGGUGAUUAUCGGAGAAUAUUCGCCGAGACGAAGUCGAGGUGAAUUCAAUAUUCCCCGAUAAUCACCGAGCCUGAGGCGAAUAAUUGUUUUAGUAUUUUUGUAUUUUUGGGAACUAAAUUUAUUUUAAUUUCGCUUAUUUCUUUAUCAGUAUAACGUCCACAAAACGGCUAGCCGUCAUUUUAAAAAUUUUGCGAUUUUGUUAUAUUCACCUGCAUGUAUAGGUGAAUAUUUAACAAUUAUUCGCCGAAGGCGAGGUGAUUAUCGGGGAAUAUUCGCCGAGACGAAGUCGAGGUGAAUAUUCCCCGAUAAUCACCGAGCCUGAGGCGGAUAAUUGUUUUAGUAUUUUUACACAUGCAAGCUUUUGUGUUUUUUGAGACUGAAUUUAUUUUAAUUUCGCUUAUUUCUUUGUCAGGAAAUUUCCACAAAACGGGUAGCCGCCAUUUUGAAAAUUUCUGUUUUGUUAUAUUGACCUGUAGAACCUGUAGGUGAAUAUAUAUAACAGCUUAUUACGUCAAUGUUUACCAAUCAACUUGUAGGAUUUGUUAUGUUCACUUGUGCAGAAAUACUAAUUUAGGUUUCAACCUUCUUUGUUUCUCAUUUUUCCUUAGAUUCAUCAGGUUCUCCUUUUUCUUUAGAUUCGUCAGGUUACAGAAGUAGUUCCAAUACAGCUUAAUACGUCAAAUUUGACCAAUCAACUUGUAGGAUUUGUUAUGUUCACUUGUGCAGAAAUACUAAUUCAGGUUUCAACCUUCUUUGUUUCUCAUUUUUCCUUAGAUUCAUCAGGUUCUCCUUUUUCUUUAGAUUCGUCAGGUUACAGAAGUAGUUCCAAUGCAUUUAUCUUCUCCUUCGUGAAUAAAGACAACCUCGCACCCUUCAAAUCUGCUGUCAAAACCAAUCAAUAUGCUUUAUACUCUACACCUACUUAUGGUCCUACAUUUGGUGGUGGUCAUGAUAUUCGUAUUCCAAAUAAUGCCAAUGCAAAAAAUAAUGUUUCCUACACAAAUUUUGGCCAUUCCUAUCAGACACCAAGCGGGUAUUCCUACAGCUCAACCAAGGCGAAGGAACUUCUCGCUGGCACUUAUAACUUCGCACCUAACGAG